AUGAUAACCCUAAGGCCAGGUUCGGUUCAAAUAAUAUCUGAUGCACUUCGAGCUGCAUCAGUAGCAUCUGCAACAACUACCAAUGUCAGCCUUCUUAAGAGCAGGUUUAUCAUUCACUCCAUCACCGGUCAUUCCGCAAAUAUGUUUCCUAGCCUGCAAGCAUUUCACAAUCUCGUACUUGUGCUCAGGAAAUACCCCAGCAAAUCCAUCAGCCUUCUCGAUCUGCUCAUCUACUGGAAGAGCUGUAACAGCAGCACCCUCUUUUGCUUUGACCGAGUAAUGACGAAGAUGGAUACAUGUUUGUUUCAAACACAAGCUUCCUUCUACAUUACCAUAAUAAAAAUUUUGCAUUUUCAUUCCCUGCUUCCAGAUUACCAGCGGCUACUGAGUUCCACACCUUCUCGUAGAUUGAAUACUUCAAAGCUUAUAGAAAACAGUGAGUAUUUUCAAAAUAAGUUGGUAGACACAAUACAUUUCAUGGAAAUUCUCAGUUUGAAAGAUAGUGUCGAGAAGGACACCUUCUUCCGCAAGCUUCCAAAUUUAGCAGAGCAGCUUCCUCGUCAGAUUGUGUUAAAGAAGUUACUUCCUUUAUUAGCUUCUGCCCUUGAAUUUGGUUCAGCUGCUGCCCCUGCUCUGACUGCAUUGUUGAAAAUGGGUUCGUGGCUUUCAGCCGAGGAGUUUUGUUUCAAGAUUCUUCCAACAAUAAUUAAACUCUUUGCCUUCAACGAUCGAGUUGUACGUGUUAGCCUUCUCCAACAUAUUCAACAAUUUGGAGAGUCAUUAUCAGCUCAAGCUGUUGAUGAGCAAGUUUACCCUCACGUUGCUACUGGUUUCUCUGAUACAUCUACUUUUUUUAGGGGACUUACUUUCAAGUCCAUGUUAGUUCUGGCUCCGAAACCGUCUCAAAGGACCUUGUCUGGGUCAUUAUUAAAGCAUCUGUCAAAGUUACAGGUUGAUGAAGAAGCAGCGAUACCAACAAAUACUACUAUCUUGCUAGGAAAUAUUGCAAGUUACUUAAAUGAAGGGACAAGAAAAAGAGUGUUGAUUAAUGCAUUUACAGUCCGUGCUUUACGUGAUACCUUUCCACCUGCUAGAGGAGCAGGAAUUAUGGCUUUAUGUGCCACCAGUUCUAACUAUGACAUCACUGAAAUUGCCACUCGGAUUCUUCCUAAUGUUGUUGUCCUCACGAUUGAUCCUGACAGUGAUGUUCGAUCUAAGGCAUUUCAAGCUAUUGAUCAAUUUUUGCAGAUGGCAAAGCAGAAUUAUGAAAAGACAAACAUAGCAGAGGCUACUGGGGGUGCAGGCACGGGAAGCUCAUCAAUUCCAGGAAAUGCAAGUUUACUUGGAUGGGCCAUGAGCUCCUUGACCCUAAAGGGAAAACAUUCUGAUUAUGCUCCAGUUGCUUCUGUUAGUUCCAGUGCCCUUACAUCAACAUCUUCUAAUGCCACCUCAGCUGUAGAUACUCCUUCAACAGCACCCAUCCGUGUAAGUUCCACACCCGAUUUCACUGAGCACCAUGCCCCUCCAUCUUCUACAUCAACGGAUGGCUGGGGGGAACUAGAGAAUGGAAUCGAUGAGGAACCUGAAAAUGACAAGGAUUGGUGAGAUGAUCUAGAACCACUUGAAGAU